CAAUUCAGGCGAAUUGCUUAAAAAACUGUGAUGUGUCGCAGAGCUGUACGAGAAUGGCUGGUGCUGCUUACCAUGGAGAUUUACAUCGGUAGAUUCCUGGAAAGGGGGUACGACAGUAUUGCCCAUUGUAAGCUUAUUGUCGUCAGUGAUCUUAUAAUGCUGGGAGUGGAUAAUGCCACACAUAGGAAACUAUUGCUCGACGGAGUUCAAUUCUUGAUCAACGCCCCUGAAAAAUUCAUCUGCAUGGAACCAUGUGAACUCCACUGUCACCUCGAACCGGAAUUGGAUAGCGUCAUCGAAUCUGCUUCCUUUAAAAGCUUUGACAGUUUUAAUUUCAUAAAAUCACCUGAUAAAGCAGAAUUGGAUCCCAUUAUGUCGUCUAUUUCUUCGCUAAAGGCUAUCAACUGGUCCUUCAAUGAGGAAUACAAUAAGUUAAUGGCAGAAGAAUUUGCAGGGUCACCUUCGAACAGAUCGACUUGCAAAAAAGUAGAAACUGAGACCGAGGCAUUCGACACAUAAGUCACCCAUAUUGUAAUAUUAGGAAGCACCUAAAAUAAAUAUGAUGAUAUUUUGUUCAAAACUUUUUCAAAAACCAAACGUUAUCAUUAUUAAUAUCUUUAUUUACUUU